UAUAUAUCAAAGUGAAACCGAUCUGAUCUGACCAGAAACAGAGCUGUGGAAACGGCUGGCGCAUGAUCAUUGUGCCUAUGGUAAAACCCAUUUUCCGAGUAGAAUAAAAAAUGAGUCGUCUUCAAGACGAGGUGGAGUUGGAAAUAAGUGUCAGGAGACUCAGAGAAAAAUUCCAUGGCAAGAUAUCGAUUGAGAAGGCGGCGUUGCUUAUGCGGCGCUAUGGCAAUGACCACCGGAGGAUAGCUAUGGAGAUUGUGCUUAUGAAAGAUAGAGACCUUGAUGAUGAAGACAGACAUGAUUUAAGCAAUGAUAUCACAGUUAAGAACGUGGUGGAGAAAUUGAAGGCAGAGGAGGAGAAUCCGCACUCAGCUUCUCAAUCCCACAUUCCCACUGGACAGGCAUCUUCUCAAAAGAGACCACCAAAGUCUGGUAAAAAGCCCAAGGCAAACAAGCAGCCAACUGAGGACAAGGACAUUCAGGAACUACUGCAGCGUCUGCGCGUCCUACCACUGACGCAGAAGAACCUGCGCAUGUUUGACAACGCCCAGCGUGACGUCAUCCCCUCGGAUGUGCACCAGUUUGCCUGCGGCCAGUGUGACAGCGACUGGUGGCGGCGCGUUGCACAGAGGAAAAGAGUGUCUCGCUGUUUCAAGUGCAAGAGGAAGUAUGACCCAGUGCCUGCAGACAAGAUGUGGGGCAUCGGGGACUUCAACUGCCCCAACUGCACUCGCACUUUCAAGGGUUUUGGAAGGAUGGAUUUGGGCUCCCCUUGCUAUGGCUGUCGUUCCCUCAUCACCCCCAUCGCCAUCUUACCACCUCGCCGCAACAUGGUGAUGGGGCCCGGGCCCGGGCCCAGGAGCAAGAACCAGCACAGCUGCUUUGCAGAGGACUGCUUCAACAGACAAGAGCCCCAUGUGCGCGGGACGGAGUGCGUUCACCCUCGUAGCCGUCAGAAGAACCGUAAGCCUCGCGUGGUGAACCCCAGCCCCGCCCACAUCAGCUCAGGGUCCACCGUCAACACCUGCCUCAGCCAGGGCAGCAUCCUGGACCUCUACGAGCACGUGCGAGAGGACGUCAUCUACGAGGAGGAGGAGGACGACGAUGAAGAUGAUGACAAUGAUGAUGAUGUGGAGACUGAUAGUAGUGCAGGCAGCGACAGAUAGAGAAAAUGAUCAGGUAACACUAUAUAAAUGAAGUGAUGCAGAAAAAAGCAUUAUAAAAACUUAGAAAAUAAUUAACUAAUAAUGAACUAAUAAUGAACAAAUUAUGAACAAAUGUUUGUUAAUGAGUAAGAAAUGUUCAUAUUUUUACAGGUACGUUUUCUUAUCAAACAUUUACAAUUUGUUUGUGAUUGAAUUUAAAAAAAAAAAACUGUUAAAAGGUUUGUAAAAUCUUGAACAUAUUAAUUGUUUGUUCAUGUUUUGUUCAUCAUUGGUUAAUUACCGGUAUUUGCUAAGUCUUUAUAAUACUUUUUCUGCAUCCCUUAUUAUGAAGUGUUACCAAUAAUCAGAGGUGUUUAAAGUAGAAGUAGGCCUACUCUUGCACUUAUGUAAUUACAAUAACUUGCACAUAAUCUGGCAUAGUUGAUGCAGCAGUAAUUCCACUGGUCCUAAUGAGGUAGAAUCACCAUAAGAAUACUUCUGCUUUUACUUUACACACCUCUGCAAAUAAUCAAGUACUCUCUUGCACUCUCUUGCUGUGGGUCAACCAUGAUCUCUCUCUCUCUCUCUCUCUCUCUCUCUCUCUCUCUCUCUCUCUCUCUCUCUCUCUCUCUCUCUCUCUCUCUCUCUCUCUCUCUCUCUCUCUCUCUCUCUCUCUCUCUCUCUCUCUCUCUAUCUCUCUAUCUCUCUAUCUCUGUGUCUUCAACAAGUUAGAGUGCAAUGCAUAGCCAAUCACAAUGAACUUCAAUCAGUUCAAUCUUCAUUGUCGGGCAAUGGUACACAAAUGCAGGCUUCUCUUCUUACUGAUCUUAUUACAUAUUCCGCCAUACAGUCUCUUUUUUUUGUUCUAUGCAAGCCCUGUGGGACAUAACAUUCAACCAUUUCCGCUCAAUAUCCGCCCUGUACUGUCCAUUUGUAAUACCUUUAUUUCUUUGCCUGCGUGUCCAAGGUUUGAGGACAAAACCGACAUGUUAUGUAAUACAGUAAACAUAUAUUCUUUCAACCAGGGAGAAGCAAUUAUGAAACUUUUGUGAGAGCGGAGGAGGCAGGCCCCCAGGAAAGUCUGACAGCUAGAUAAGCCUUUUUUCUCUCCAGCAACAACUAAAGAACCAGUUAUCCCACUUCAAGUACACUGCCUGAAAACAAUAGCUGAACUUUGGAGUAACUCUAAGGAGCACUCUGCACACUCUCUUGAAGAGAGAACACUGCAUGUCUAAAGCUUCUAUUAGGUUACUAAUGUACAGUAUGUAACUUGAAAUGGGCCCUGCACCUUAGUUAUGCCACCGCACUGGUUAGGCUCUGUCUGAUGCCAAAUCAUGAUAUAGCAUUCACACACAUUGUGGGGCCAGUGGAUUAUGUUGGACAAUAUGUGGUAAUGAACUGGGAUGCCAACCCCUUUUAACAGCGUGCUGUUCCAAACUCGUGUGCCUUUUUAAACAAAGAAAAAAAUCCGCUCUCGCCAGCUGCAUUCAUACAAGAUGUUGCAUAGCAUGUGAUUAUAUCGUGUCUUAUCCUUGAAAUUACGUGCUUGGCUAUCUGGGAAAUCACGGCUGGUGGAUUCAAUUUCAGAAAACCCUUAAUGACUGAGGGAAAGCACAUGCAAGCAUUCAGCAACAACACACUGAACUUACCUUCUAGUGUUAAAAGAAGUAAUUGGAUUUGUGCUGUAUAUUUUUAAAAUACAAGAUGCUUUUACCAUUAUUUUGUCUACGGUGUGUUUG